GCGUCACUGCGGUCCCUGAACACCACUUUGGUAUCGUACGUACGUAUCCUACUAUCAAACGGCCACAACUAUGUCCAAGCAAUUCCAGUUCAAGCUUGUUCUACUGGGGGAGUCUGCUGUCGGCAAGUCAAGUCUCGUGCUACGUUUCGUGAAGGAUCAGUUCGACGAUUACCGGGAGAGUACGAUUGGAGCUGCGUUUCUGACGCAAACGGUGACUCUAGAGGACCAAACGAUCGUCAAAUUUGAGAUAUGGGAUACCGCUGGCCAAGAACGGUACAAGUCUCUCGCGCCAAUGUACUACCGUAAUGCCAACUGUGCCGUCGUCGUUUAUGACAUAACGCAAUCAGCAUCACUCGAAAAGGCACGCACAUGGAUCCGGGAACUACAACGUCAAGCAGACCCUUCGAUAGUUAUCGCGCUUUGUGGCAACAAGACAGAUCUUUCGGCGCGCAGGCAGGUCACAGAAGAGGAAGCGAAGAAGUAUGCCGACGAGGAGGGUUUGAUGUGGGGCGAGACAAGUGCUAAGACGGGCGAGGGUGUUUCGGAUAUCUUUAUGGCCAUCGCUAAGAAACUUCCGCUGACGGCGCCUCCAAGAGCGGGAGCAAGCCGUACAGCCCCCGGUGGACGAGCAGGAGUCAAUUUGAAUCAACAGUCCGGUUCGGCAGGUCAGAAUGAUAAUUGCAAUUGCUAAUUUCGUUACGACACCAUCACCCUUAUAUUCCUUGUCUCGCAUGUUAUGUUUCGCCUGUAAUUUACCUUUAGCUUUUACUUUCGGACUAAGUAUGGGAUGCAUCUUCACUUGAUCCAAAGUCCCGUUACACCCCUCAAGACGAAGACGUUGCCUUUCUCAAUCACUGAUACGUGCU